AUGAGACAACCACCAGUUGAAGAGGAAGGUUUUUACUUGAGUUGGGCAUUACUUAUCCAGACCUCCCUUUUAAUAUUAUCGUUAUGUUCUUCCUACUACUUACAACUCAAAAAAAUUCGUGCAAUACACGAAACUGUGAUUUCCAUUUUUGCAGGAAUGUUUGUUGGAUUGGUGAUUCGUAUGUCGCCAGGUUCAAUAAUUCAAGAUAUGGUUACUUUUAAUUACUCGUAUUUUUUUAAUUUAUUACUCCCCCCUAUUAUAUUAAAUAGUGGUUAUGAAAUGAAAAAGGAAAAUUUCUUCAGGAAUCUUGGAACUAUUCUUACAUUUGCGUUUUUGGGCACUUUUAUUUCAGCUGUUGUCAUAGGAGUUUUGGUUUGGAUGUUAUCAGCUUUAGGAGUAGGAUCACUAUCACUUUCAUUUUUAGAUUCAAUGAUUUUUGGAUCCGUUUUGUCGGCAACUGAUCCAGUAACUGUACUUACCAUAUUCCAAGCGCUCAAAGUUGAUCCUAAACUUUAUUCUAUAAUUUUUGGAGAAAGUAUCUUGAAUGAUGCUGUCUCUAUUGUACUUUACGAGUUGCGUAUUAAUAUUAAGAAGUAA